AUUGUAUUGCAAUUUAUCAAUAGAUAUUAAUGCCAGCCAUCAACUAGAAAAUACAAAGAGAACAAAUACAUACCGUAUGAUUGAGAGAUACAAAAUAUUUGCCACAUCUAGAACUGCAGUGAAAAUGACAACUAAUCAAAGUUGGCAAUGCGGCCAAUAAGCAAGCUGACAGCAGAUUUUUUGUACGAUAGGAAAGUGCAUUAUUUGUUUUUCAAUUAUAUUAUUAAAUUUAUUAUUUUAAUGUAAUAUGUAUAAUUCAUGAUGAGUAAUACAUCAGAUUCAGGAGAUAGUGUGAAUUGUGAAAAUAAAACUGUUAGGGAAAGUAAUUUUUCAGUUGUGGCAUUAGAUUCUUUAAAAGAAUUCGAUCAAGAACAGUUAUUUCAAUAUGUCCAAAAGCUUCAACCGCUCUACUUGAAGUGCAAGAAAAAAUUACAAAAUUUCAAAAACAGAGCAAAACUUCUGGAAAAAACAGUUCAACUUUUGAAUGAUGAUAAAAGCCAAAACGCUGGAGAAAACACAAAUGAGGAAAAUAAAGACUCCCUAACUCAAACUGAAGACGCGCAAAAAGAACAAAAAGAUGUUUCAAAUCGCAUAACUGUAGGAAUACUUUAGGGACUUCCUUCGAUUAUUGUAGUUGUAACCUGUAUU